AUGGCUGGUGAAAUGCUACUGGCAAGUUGUCUUUUUGCAGUGCUGUUGAUGAUUCCUGGGCUGGACGGUUCCUACCCAAGCGCUGCUCCAGGGCAGGAGAAUGUGUUUCCCCAUGCGUUGAAGAAUGUGCACUCUGUGGAAGAUAGAGGCCCCUAUGCAACAUCUCAGGAAUACCAUCAAGCUCCUCAAGAUCAUCAAUACUCGGCGCCAGCUCAACAGCAUCAGCAACACGUCUACCAUCCAGCACAACCCGAACAGCAACAGCAUCUCUUCCAGCCACAUCAGCAGUACCUAGUCCAGUCCACGUACAAUGUCGCUUCUCACCAAGAACAACCCCCUGUUCAACAAUCCCACACCCAGCAGAGCAAACAACGUCAUACAGCGCUUCCCUAUAACAAUCAGCGACUGCACGUGAAGGUCGAUCAUCAUCCGGCAGCAUCGGAAGGAUUUACUCAUUCAAGCAUUGCUACCGUGCAACAUCUGCGACAGCAGUUUGCCCAAGAACCAAAGAAGGAUUACCGAUCCUACAUUCCAAAAAGUAUCGCUCCGAAGCUAAACCCACUGCAUCCUUCCUUCCAUCAGAAGCGUAACUUUGUGCCACUGCAUCACAUCACGCGACAAGUGCCACUUCCAGCGGGAAAAAUGACCCACGGCCAGCAGCAUCACUCUCACACAGGUCAAUCGCAACCGGUAAAGGCUGCAUUGGCUGCUCCAUCGCCCAAGCAUAUUGCUGGAUAG